AUGCUGCAGGUCUCUAAAUUGACGUUGUUGGGCGCCCUCUCGACCCUCACGCUCGCGAGCACGCUGCCCCGAGGCGUCGGGCCAGAGUGCACAGCAGCCUGUGCGUAUCUCGACACCGCCUCGCCCGCACAACCUCUGCCCGGGUCCUCAUCUGGAACGACCAAGACCAAAAACGCCCUCCCUGGCUUUUGGUGCGAGAACAAGGGCCACAUUGGGGCCUAUGUACCCUUCUCGUACGUGAACGACGGCGUCUGCGACUAUGACAUUUGCUGUGAUGGCACCGAAGAGUUUGGUGGCAAGGCGAAAUGUGAGAACAAAUGUGCCUCCAUAGGCAAGGAGUUUAGAAAGCUCGCAAAGGAGAAGAAGGCCAAGAUGGAGAGGGCAGGUGUCAAGAGGAUGAAGAUGGCCAAAGAGGCGGAUACCUUGCGUCACCAACUCGAGGAGAAGAUCGCCGGCCUCCGAGCAGAGGUCUCGGUCCUGGGAAAGAAGAAGGACGAGCUGUGGAAGAAGCAUGCGGAAGUCGAGCUCGAGGAGAAGAACAGGGUCGUCAAGAGCGGCGGUUCUUCUGGCAGCGCCGGCGGCAAGCUGGGUGUCCUCCUUGGACUGGCGAAGACGCGCGUCGAGGAGCUGCGGAUCACGCUCGGGAACGUAAUGGAGCAGCGCGACGACCUCGCUGGCAAGGUCAUCGAGCUGGAAACAAUUCUCAGCAAGUUCAAGGAGGAGUACAACCCCAACUUCAAUGACGAAGGUGUCAAGGCGGCCGUCAAGGCAUUCGAGGACUAUGCCGCCAGAGAGGCCGAUGCCCGCGAGCACAUUCCCGACUCGGAGGUGUUGGAGGUCCUCAAGGAGGACAGCGAAGUCAGCGGCGUCAACUGGGCCGAGUUUGAAGGCGGCGAAGGUGACGAUACCGACAUUCUGUACAGCUUCGAGGCCUACCUCCCCGCCUUCGUGCGCGGCGCGAUCCAUGAGAAGCUUGACCAACUUCGUGUCUGGCUUAUCGCCAACGGCAUGCUUGCCGACAAUGUCAAAGAGGGCACCGAGUCGUCACUGCUCAAAGCCGCGCGCAAGGAUGCGGAAGCCGCCGAGAAGGACGUCAAGUCCAAGCAGAAGGAACUCACCAAGCAAGAGGACGACCUCGGCAUGGACUACGGCCCCGGGGAUAUCUUCCGUGCGGCCCGUAACAAGUGCGUCAGCGUGGACGCGGGAGAGUACACCUACGAGCUCUGCUGGCUUGGUAAGACCAUGCAGAAGAGCAAGAAAGGGCACGGCUCCACGAGUAUGGGCAACUACAGACGCAUCGAGUUCCACGACGCGGAUGACGAGGAGCGACUGGAUGGCAAGAGUCUCGGACAAGGACGGCGGAUGGUGAUGAAGUACGAGGACGGGCAGCAGUGCUGGAACGGCCCUAAGCGACGCACGGAUGUGUGGCUGGGCUGUGCCGAGACCGAGGAGGUCUGGCGUGUGAGUGAGUCGGAGAAGUGUGUCUACAAGAUGGAGGUUGGCACCCCGGCGGCGUGCGAGGUGGAGGGGCAGCCGAAGAAGGCGGAUGGCAAGGAUGAGCUGCACCUUGACCAGUCGCUAGUGAGCUCGAUCUUCCGCCUCGCCCUGAUCGUGCCCAUCAAGUUGAGGUCCAUGAAGUUCAGCAUUGGUCUCUUCCGUCUCCGGGUCGAUGCCGGACGAUCUGAGAAGCGACCGACAACCACAGACAAUGGCUGGGACCGCAACCUCGUUCGACUCCGUUUCACUUACCGGAGUAUCACCUUCAAUGGCUGUAGCCUCUGA